AUGUUAAAAUCACAUAAUUUCAUUUUCCAGUCACUGUUGGACAGUCGUGUGAAACAACUCAUGGACUGGAAUCAAAGAAAACCUGUUAUAAGGUUGAAUGGGGAUAAGUACAGAACUUAUCUGAGGGCAUCACCAAGGAAUUAUUCAGUGAUUCUUAUGCUCACAGCUCUAGCACCACACAGACAAUGUACCAUUUGUAGGUAAGAGAUAUUUUAAUGAGCUCUUAGAGGCUCAAGUCGUGGUGUUUUAAAUUGUGGGAUUCUUUCACUCUCUGCACUUGUUUUCAAAUGACAAUGAAAUAUUUUAUUGGUAAAGUCAACAUCAUACACAUGUACAUACAUAUCAUCAGUAUCAUAGACCUCUAUUACAACCAUCACAUUACUGUUAAUUCUGAUGAAAUUGAAAAAUGAUUGCACACCUUUUUUGAGCUUUUAAAUCCACUUUAAGUGCUUUUUUGCCUGCUUCAUUUGGUGUUUGUAAUGCAGGUAUCAACGUUUAGAUGGGGAGGGGAUGGGCAUACAUGCAGGUGUGGUAUUUGAACACUUGCUUUGUUCCCUCUCUGGGGAUUUUGACCACAAAUUUUGCCUCAAACUGUGGUUUUGUUGUCCGUGAAAAGGGAUUCUAUCAGAUUUGAACUAAUUUCCAGUCCUGAGGAUCAGGAAUUUGACAAAAAAGAAAUUGCUAAAAAAUUCAAAUGCCGCCCCUAUGCCUGUGACCCACCAACACCGCCCCUCCCCGCCCCCCAUCCAUUCAAAAAUUGAUACCCACAUAAGCAGUUGUGUUUGGGUUUCCUUUUGCAUCAAGUUUACCAUUAAAUUUCCAAUGAAAGUAAAAUAACAAUACUCUGCUCAUGCAAUAGAUUGUCCACAUUUGUUGCUUCUACAACUACAUGUACCUCGGGGAAGAAGUUGUCAAAAUAUGAAAAUCCAACUUGGAUAUUAUAGCAAUUCUUAGUCUUUCACAGAUUAGAGAGAUUUACUGUUAAAUAGAUAAUACACUAACUGAACCUUCAGUUGACUAUGCCUCUAAAUUAUAUUCCAAAGUUAUCCUUACCUCUCUCCUUUUUGUGUCAGCUUAUAUAAAGUUCCUGGGAAAAGGAAGCAAAUUUUUCUUGUCUUGUCAGGUAGCUAGUUUUCUGAUAACAUAAAUAAUAACUAUGAUUCACAAAUAACAAUUCACAAUCUGUUGUCUUCUUUGCAGAGAAGCUAACAAUGAGUAUACAAUCCUUGCUAAUUCCUGGCGAUAUUCUCAGCAAUAUUCCAACAAAGUGUUCUUUGCAAUGGUUGACUUUGAUGAGGGACCAGAUGUAUUUAAUGCGGUAAGACAUAUUUUAAAUGAAAUUAAUGUUUUUUUGCAUAAAUUUGACUUCCUGAUGGCACAUUCCUGUACAUUUAAAUUUGGGAGUAUGGGUACUUUAUGCUCCUCAUGUGUAUCUACUGAAAUGUUUCUUUUGUCACAAGUUCAUUGAAUGUCAGCCUUAGAUAUGUUGAUUGCAUGGAAACUGAAACUGUAUUUUCUGUUACUGUUUUUUUUCUAGCUGCGGUUGAACUCUGCUCCGAUGUUUAUGCACUUCCCACCCAAAGGAAAACCCAAAAAGGCAGACACCUAUGAUAUUCAAAGGUACACAUUUACUGAACAAACAUAAUGACAUGUGAAAUACGUGGAGUAUGUUACAUAUUGAAUUUUCUUGUUUUCUUUGUAGAAUGGGAUUCUCUGCUGAACAGCUUGCGAAAUGGGUUGCAGAGCGCACUGAUGUUCAUGUAGGUAGUUUUUAUUUUAUUUUUUUAGGUGAUUUGUUUUGGAAAUGCUUGUUUUAUUUGAUAAGUUCUAAAUGUGAAAGCUUUGAAAAUUCGUAUUACAUUUACUAUUUAAGUGUCAUCAAAGUCUAUUGCAAAAAAUUUUUGACUAAAACAUUUCUUAAACAAGACAUCUCUUCCUUGUCAGGACUCUAAAAUGUAACUGUAAUAUCGUUCAAAGAUAUGGUAUUUCCCUGGCAUCUAUUGUCACUAUGAUCACUUCAGACCCCUGGCUACUUUGUUCAUAGCCAACUAAGGGAAAUUAGAACCAAAAAAAUGACGUAGCAUAUUAUGUUGCCGCUCAAAAUUAAAUUCAGGUUAAAACUUUUCAACGUAGGUUGAUUCUCUGAAUAAUUAGGGCUAGAGAAUCAAUCUAGGUUAAAAAAAUUUAACCUGAAUAUAUUUUUGACCUGUAAUGUAUAAAAGCAACUAUAAGUCUCAGUGCAUGACACUCCUGCUCUUGACAUGAAAGAAGUCUGAUUUUUUUUUUUUUCAUAGCCAUCUCUAAGCUAGUGUAAUUUUCAUUCUUGUAAUUAAUAUUUCCUAGUUAUGUGUAACGACUGAACCCAAAUUUAUUGAAUUUUAGGUAAGAGUAUUCCGUCCCCCUAACUACAUGGGUGCAGUGAUAAUGGGAUUGCUGGUUGUGCUGAUUGGUGGACUGCUUUACGUGCGACGUAAAAACUUAGAAUUCCUCCAUAAUAAGACCUACUGGGCCAUUGGAUGCUUGGUAUGCGUAAACUCUUAGACUGGUACUGUUACAAUAAUGCUGUGUUUUGAUAACUGUUAGUCCGCACACAUAUUUAUCACAUAUUUUUAACCUUACAGUACUACAAUGGCGUUUAAUUCCAAUAUAUUUAACUAUAAAAGGUAGAUAUUUUUAUAUGAAACUUUUUCCUCCGAAAAUCAACUUUGACAAAUUCCAUGGUGGUACAUCCUAUUUUGUCAUAGCUUUAACCUUUUUUGUCUGUUGAUCAGUCAUUGCUGGAUCCCAUUGGCUGUUUCAAGGGGGUAAUCAACCGCAUUGAACUGUGGGCAGCAUUUGAUCAGUUGUAUCCUGUGUACUCCUCCCAUGCCGUUAUGGUCUUGAUAAAUUCAUUCUAGUGAUCACAAAAUUGGCAGAAAUUUUGGGUGCAGGUCCAUAAGAUUAGAAGAGGGAUGAGAGGUAAUUUUGUUUGCCCCAUUGAAAUGCUGUCAACUAUUCGAAGCAAUCCUUCAGCUGAGAAAUGCUGGUCCAAACUGACAAAUACAAAAAGCACCAUAGCCUAUAAAAUUAAAUGAGAUGUUAAUCUCAUUGGUGAUUUGUUUUGUCCCUCUGUGGUAGAUUGGGGAAGGUAGAGUUGUCUUUAUUACUAUAAUAGAUAACAAAAUUAUUCUUGAUGUUUCCCAAGAGCUUUGCCUCUGGAAAGAUCAAGCCAUACAUGUCAAAACUCUUCGGAAAACAAAAUUGUUUCCUUCCCAACUGGGCAUUAAGUGUAUUUAUUGUCAUCAUGUUUUCAGUUUAUAGUUUUUGCCAUGACCUCUGGCCAGAUGUGGAAUCACAUCCGAGGGCCUCCUUACGCUCAUCGAAAUCCACAAACUGGACAAGUGGUUAGUAAGAAAUGAGUGACUUAAUAACUGUUUUGACCCCUGGUAUCACUGACAAAUCAGAACCCUGGGUAAUUGGAAUUGCAGCAGCAGCAUACAAGCUGUCAUGCAUGUAACCAUAUGUAACUACAGUCGUUUGUGGCACCUUUAGACAGCUUGGGCCAGGGCCACAUGGUGUUUGUGAAAUACUUGUAUCCCAAACAGAUAAGCUGUAAGAAAAAUUGGCCUAUUUCUAUUGAAGGACGGGCCUAGUGGCACAUGAUCACUCAAAACAUGCCUUUACCCCUCCCCACCCGCCCCUUACACACACUUUCCACUCCAUGUUUCACUCUAAAAAAAAAAUGAUUAGUUAAAGCAGCACUAAGUUCGGAGAAGUUAACGUUAAUUGCAGUUUAUCCUCUUGAGAACUACAGAUUUUAGAUUGUUUUAACUCUUUCUUACUUGAGGUGCUGUAUGCACUAUUUAUUUAUGGGUCCUAUUUGCACCCUAACUGUUAUAGCUAUGCAACUCUUUAAUUUUUUUAUAUACAUAUAAUUUUCCACAGUUAUAUUUUCGUGGUAUUUUUCUUCUUUCUGUAUUAAUAGCAUUUUUAUUGUUUAAUUGUUAUACAUUUACCUUGAAGUGGGAAAUGUAUUUGCCAGUCUGACUCAUAGCAAUUUUAUUAUUUUACACUCAGUUACUUUUAUUUAUUCAUUUGUUAUCAUGGGUGAAGACCCUUAUGCUCUUUGCCUCUGGGGUACAAAUGUACCUCUCUUUUACAAUGGAACUAAAAACAAAACCCCCCAACCAUAACUUUUCCACAUGUUACCUUAGGAAAAAUUUAGUAUUUCUUAACAAUUAUGUGAUGUUUACAAUACCAUUUGUGUGUUCAUCGUUUUGCUCUAUUUUUUUUUUUUUUUUUUCAGAGUUACAUCCAUGGAAGUAGCCAGGCUCAGUUUGUCGCUGAAACACACAUUGUCAUUGUUCUUAGUAUCCUUUUACGUUUUACUGAUUAAUAAUUAUUCAAAGUAAACUUUUUCUUUAUUAAUAAUAAUUAUUGGUUAUUGUAGAAGUACUUUGGGCUUUGUCAGGUGUUAAUGGGAAGGAAUGAGUCAGGAAGAUAAGAAAUGUAUUUAAUGUUGCAGAGGUAGGAUUUUUAGUGAUUGCCCAUCUUCCAAGCCACAGGCUCAUGUUCAAGAAGCUAGACAAGCUAGUAAAAUACAAAACAUAAUAUUGAAAAUACAUAAUAAGAUCUAAAAGCCUAACUUUUAAGUACAGCAUUCUUUAAAAGAGAAAACUUAAAAAUAACGUAAGUAACAACGUCCCUACAAUAUCAUAAAUCGAAGCCCGAAGAACAUUUGGGUGGUAGACUAUUUAUGCCUUGACUGUUGUUAAAGAUGCUCUUUAUGUUGCUGGCAUGAUUCUUUUGAAUGAGAAGGCACUUGAAGUCAAGGAAAUUGGAAAACGUAGAUGUAUGUAUCAGUAUUUGUUUGUUUGUUCUUUUUUUAAUACUUUGUGUUUUCUUAGAAUAUGAAGCCUAUUUUUAUAACUAGUUAAAGCUCUUUUUGAAAUCGUGCCUUUGUAAACCGAGAAAGGUUGAAGGAUGGCUGCAAACAAAAAUUGUGUCAAAAUGAAAUUGGCUUAUUGCUGUGACAGCGGUACUGCAACUUGGACACUAAGCAUCUUUUUUUGUUAACAAUUUGGCUUCUCCUAUUAUGAAAACUAUUUGAAAAACAAAAAAAGAAAUAGAAAACUUUGGAAAUGUUAAAAACUGUGGUCAAGCCAAGAAAACACACAGACUCUAUACAUUUCAGUGUUAAUUGUUAAUCCCAUUACGGAAUGAUUUUUUUUGAAUUUUUGAAAAGAUAUGGAUUAAUUUAACAUGCUGUUUAUUUAACACUGAGGUCACAGAUAACGCAGGAAAAUUCGGGAAUGUAAAUAAACUUUAAUAGGAUUCAGUUGCCAUCAACUCGCAUAAAAAUCUGUGUUUCGACCGAGAAUUUUGAAUACAGACUUUCAAAAUGAUAAAUUAUGGCUUAAAAACUUUUUUAUUGUGAACUUUCUUCCCGAAAAAAUUGUUCAGUCUUUAUGGUUAGGUUUAUGACUUCGGUUUUUGUCCGUUACAUGCCUAACCACUUAAAGUGUGUUUCCUUGUGUUUCAGUUGUAGUCAUGGUCGGCCUUGGCCUUGUAGUACUGUUCUUCAGCUUGUUGCUGUCUGUGUUUCGUUCCAAGUACCAUGGAUAUCCAUACAGGUAA